AUGGAAUCCAAAGAUAUGGAGAACGCCCUUUUGGAACUGAAAUCUGAUGUGUUGAAAAGCAAGGCACAAGACAGUGAAAGCCAACUUAAUACUCUUUUAAAAUCUUUCGAUCCAAUUUUCACAGCAGUGACAGCAGGCAAAGUACCAACAGCCUACAGAAUAAGUGCAUGUGAUACUCUUUCGGUGUGGUUUUCCAGGUCCAUACAAUUUUUCAACAAGAACAAAACAUUCAAAAAGCAGUUUGAGAGAUUGCUUACAGAGGAGAGAGCAACUUUCAUUUUCCACUAUGUCAUUGAUUAUUGGAACGAUUCUGGAGCUGCACUUGGUAAUGCUUUGAAGGAAGUUUUUGUCAAGAUGUUAGCGUACUUAACGGCAACCUUGUCACCGGAAUUUCGUAACGAGCUUUUGGCAAAAUGGCUUAAAACUUCUUUGGACCUUCCUUACACUAUGAGAGCGUUCUAUUUCAUGAUUGAACAUUUACACAAGCAAGUUCAGCCUGUCGAUUUCAUACUCAAAGAGAAACCGGAUUUUGUUGAAAGUUGUUUAGCAAAUAUAUGGUCAAGAGCACUGGGAAGUGUAGUGGGAAAGUCAAUUUUCUUAGUAUUAAGAUCGAAUUACUCCGAAGACACAGAAGAUCGAUGGCUAUACCUCUGGCAAGAGCAAGUUAUUCAUGCAUUAGCUGAUGUAAACCUUAGAAAAGGGAUAGAAAGUUAUCUUCUGCCUAGUUUGUUUCUAGUUUCCAAAUCUGCAACAAUCAAAUUCCUAAGGUUAGUAAUUUGUCAGAAAAAUAUACCCAUACUAUUAUCUACCUUGAAAAUUGCACAGGAUGCAGCCAUAUUGAUCGAACCGUUUUUAGAGACUGAUCCAGAUACAAAUAAACCACUGAUCAGUAUCGAUGAACUAUCUUUGUUAUUGAAAAUGAAAACCGCAUCAUUUAGAAUAGGAGCAUUUCAGCUACUUGUCUCCUCCCCGAAACUUUCCAAAAUUGUCCCUUCGGUUGUUUACAAGAAAGUUACGGAAUCUCUGGAUAUGAUUUUCAUGGAUGGAGAUCUUGAAACAAGAAAUGAAAUGUUUUCAUCUUUCAAGAAGUUUAUUACCAGAAUCAAGGAUUCAACUUAUGGACUACACAGAGAUGCACACAGUCUUACUAAGAAAAACUUCAGUAAAUUUGAACUUGAAAUUCAAGGUAAGCUUGAAGCAGUUGAAGAGAGCAAACAUUUUCUUAUUGAUUUACUGAAUUAUAUCAAAGCAUCCCUCAGACCAGGAUCCUCAUAUCUCAAAAAGGAAAUGUCUUACAAAUUGCUAAUUGUUUUGAUAAGAUCAGGAUUAGACUCUAGAAUAGCAGAAAAAUAUAUUGAAAAAACAAAAGCAGUUAGUUUUGUUUUUUCAAUGGACAUCUAUAAUGCUGCAUUGAUGAGGCUAGUGAUUGACAACAUCAUGGACAAUUUUGAAGAUAUCAGAAGUUACUCUACAGAAGUCGUAUCUAUGGCUCCUUUGUCUUUAGAUGACUAUAUUCAUAUGACACUUUUGCAGUCCAGAGCAUUACUGAUGCUUGGUGACAUUAAGGGUAAGGAAGUUGACUCCGGUGCAAGGUUUUUCAAAUUUUCCUUCAGUUAUUAUCAGAGUGAAAAUGAUUUGAACAAAUGUGAAGGGAUUAUCUUAUUGCUACUGGAUAAAAUUGAUAUAUCUUUGCUAGAAGCAAAAAGGGAUAUUGCAACAGCAUGCAUUUCAUACAGUAUUCAAGGAUAUUUUGCUGCUUUCAAAUUCAUAUUUGAAAUAAUGGACUAUAAAAAAUGUUCCGAGUUUCUGGUCAGUAGUAAAGUUGUGGACAGGUUAAUGGAACAAUCGAGAGACAUUUGGAACUUAGUCAAGAUGGUUUUGCAGCACGACUCUCCAGAGGGUUAUUUGCUUGAUGAAUUUGAAUCUAAAUAUACUGCAGAGCAAGAAGCAAUGUACGGAAAGGGAACACAGGUUAUUUCGAGUUAUGCUUGGAGAAGUGUCAAGGAAUCUACCUCUAUGAUAGAUUCAAUGCUGAGAGCCAAAAACUCGCCAAUUACAGAUCAUAACAUUAUGCAAGUUGGUCCUCUUUUACUUGAGCAAUUGGCUACUAUCAGACAUAGGGGUGCGUUCUCCGCAGUCUAUCCCACAUUCAUUUCAUGCUGUACAUUUUGCAAAUCAAAGGAAGCCCUCAAAUCAAUUCCAGAAAAAUGGUUAUUUGAGAAUUUGAAUUUAAUACAAACCCGAUCCAAAUAUAUUACUAGAAGAUCUGCAGGUAUCCCAUACUUGCUUACUGCAAUCUUGAGUAGUGAUAUGAAACUUGUUAAACCAACAUUUUACCAAUUGAUGGAGGUGGCACAAUCCCCUGUUGAUGCUCUAGAUGCUGAUAUGAACAACGUGAACCUACCACAAGUCAACGCAUUCAAUUGUAUUAAGAAAAUUUUCAUAGAUGUUGCUCUCUCUGAAGAGUCUAUUUUUUAUGUUGAUGAUGCAUUUGCUCUAGCAUUGAACUCGUUUUCUUCUCCAUAUUGGGCGAUUCGGAAUUGUGCAGUGAUGUUGUUCACUGCUUUACAGAACAGAUUGUUUAGCAGUAAAAAGGUUAGAGCUAACUAUCUUCCAAGUUACCCAGCUAGACUAUUUUUUGAGAAAUUUGGAUCUAUUCGGGGAUUAUUUUAUGAAGCUCUCAAUGAAGCAAUUGCAACCGGAUUUGAAAAUCAAGCUGAAAUAGAAAAGAUAUUUCCAAUUUUAACAGUAAUGAGUCGUUUAGAACCAACACCAGGUUACACUGGACUGGAAGCUUUUGUACCCUUGAUAGUUCACAUAUUGGAGAAUAAGAACUGGAAGGUGAGAGAGAUGGCCGCUAGAAGUUUACCUUCAAUAAUUGACAGCUCUCAAGGUGUCUCUGUGAUUAUAUCCAAGCUGCUGGACAAUGUAACCAGCUCAGAAACUAAUUUUAACCGAAUGCAUGGUUCUCUUUUGGCAAUUAGAGAAUUGAUUUUGAAGUAUUUGACACUAUCACCUGAAGACUCUGACAAGUAUGUAGAGGAGAUAUUUGCGAACAAUGGUAAUUUAAAAGGAAAAUUCGAAUCUAAAUUAGCUGUUGUUUUAUCAGACAUUAAUUGUUUCCCUAUAAAACUAACCUAUUUCCAGAUUUUACACAAGCUCAAGCUCAAUACGACCAAAGAAGAUUCGAGAUUUGAAAAGGUCCUGUUUGCAUGGCUGAAAACUAAUAACAAGCUAACGUCGUCGCUAGAUGGCUCGAAACAGUUGGCAUUGAAGCAGGCCUCUGAAAUUUUAUUUGAUAAUAUGGAAGAUAAUAAAGCAUUGGUUAGCGAGUGCAUUUUCUCUCCUCUUUACGAACUUCAAUUGAGUUGCAUUCAGUAUUAUGAUGACAAGAUAAAGCAAUCAGAAUUUACUGACAGUAUAACUGAUUUACUGGUUGACAGUAUAUGGAAAAUCCUUGAGGCCCAGACUACUUGGAACUAUGUUAAAUCCAGAGGAUUGCAAUUAUUGAAGGUUUUGGUCGUAAAGUCCAGCAAGUCCGAAGAUGCAGAAACUUUGAAACUACAUGCUCAAAAAUUAAUAUCUUUGAUAGAAUAUGAGUCGAAUGAAGAUAUAAAGUUGAGUGCAAUGGAAACAUUAGGUUCGUAUAUCUCUGGACUAAUGGUUAAAGAUUCAGCUCUUCAUGUGGACCUGUUCAACUACUUCAUUGGAAACAUUCAAGGUAUGACUGCAGAAAACCUAGAGUUUGUCAUCCGUAUUUCUGCAUUGAAAUCCUUGGUUGCAUUUAAUGAAGUGUACUGCCAAAGAGGACAGGAUGAGAAGAUUAAACUUCUGGUAGCAGGCUUCAUUUUUGAGUUUUUAACUGAUGACGAUGACUCAGCAUGUCUUCUUGCGUCCAAGCAUUUGACUGAGUACGUUCUUUGUCAAAAAAAUACUGUUCUAGUUCCUGUUGAGGUUGAGCGUCUAAUGAUGGAGUGGUUCUGCUCAAUCAGUGAUAAGAACGCUUUGAAGCUUUUUGUUAACUCAAAAGGUUUUAGCUUCUAUGACACCAACACCCUAUUCAGUGAUAUUGUUACGGGAGAUUUGUUAUUAUUUUCGGCCGAAAAAUCUAACCUAGAAAGAAAUCCUACUGAUAAAGUUUUAGAGUUGAUCAAACUCAUUGAAAAUACGCCACUACAAGAUGAUGUCGAAGCACUACAAAAUGUGAUAAUGCCGUUAAAAAGAAAUCUCAAAGACAUUACCCACUUUUUAGCAAACAACAAUAAAACAGAUGGUUGUUUUGGUUUACUCAGUAGUGAGCGAGUUUUUGACUUCAUAUUCUGUCAGCUCUUGUUGUACAAAUCUCUUGAGAAACUAGGAAUCGUUAGUUUCUCCAUUUCAAACCUUGUUGAGAUUUUGCAAGGCAGCAAGAUGUUCUGUCACCCGUUAGUUUUGGAAAUUUUGAAUUAA